CUAUUAUGACUGGCACAUUUCUGAAAAUUCCAAGAAUCAUAUAAGGGAUUUGAGGAACCAGGAUGGUUUUUUGGAUCUUUUCGAUCAUGUUCUGAAACUUUGUCAUACCAUUCCUGAGUUUGACUAUUACUAGAAUAGGUUGGUUACAGAGUAUUCGUGUAUGAAUAAUGAUUGGUUAAAGAAGCUUUAUAACCUUCGAGAGAAGUGGUGCCCAACAUUUUCAAAGGAUUUCUUCUCUGCUGGUAUUUUGUCUUCCCAACGUAGUGAGUCAACCUAUCAUGCCUUGUCUAGGAAAAUAAGUGUAACUGCUACUCUAUGUGAUUUUUAUCAUUUCUUCUGUGAAACUGUGAGUGAAUGGCGUAGUCAUGAGAGGAGUGAUAAUGAACGAUGUUGGGAGGGAUUUCCAGAGAUUGCUAUCCCAUAUAUGCAAAGGAAAGUUCACAAAGUUUUGUCUUCGAGUGAUUCCAAUGAAGUAGCUAGGGCUUUGUUUGAGGAAGCAUUUAACAAGUUGAAAGUCGAUGUUGAAGCUCAUGUUGGAAGCAUUCAUUUUUCUGAUACUGAUUCACCCCAUAAUGGAGAAGUUCAGAUCAGUAAUCCAAAGGGUUCGAGGAAUAAGGGAGAAAGGAAUGUUAGGCGAAAAAGUGUUAAGUCUCAAAUCAUUAUAUUUUAAAACCCCAUUUCUUAGUUAUUUUAUAUACUUUAAUUGCAUAUUUUUACCUAAUGGAGCAUAUUUUCUAUACUUAUGCAAUUUAGGCAUCAAAAUAUAUUUUAUAUGAAAAAUGAGUAUUUUUGAUCAUGUUUUGUAGUAUCAUUUAUUUAGUGCUCUCUAGACUCCACCUUUUUACCUACAAGGGAUUAUUUACAUCUUUAAAAUAAAUUUGUGAGUUGGGG